AUGUCCGACCCCCUCGACCUCCUGAGGGCGUCGAUCUCAGAAAACCGUCCGGCUGUUCUCCUCAGCGACGGAGGUGCGCCCGCCGACUCGAUCACAACAGCGGCUUCAUUGUCCUUCCCGCAAGCGUCGGGAGACGCUAUCACCAUCCCGAAGGAUGCUGCUACGCGAUACGCGCGUACUGAUGCUCGCGAGGACUUUUACAAUGUCGGACAGCUGUGGCUUGCUUGGACGGAGCGUGAGGCCGGUGUCCGUGACUACCUCCAGAAGGGUCAGGCGGCUGGCGUUGGAUACGUUGCGAUCACCGAUCGUCGAGGUGUAAUCGACUUCCUGCAGGGCGUGACGGACGGUGGAGUGAGGGUCCUCGGUGCUGGCGAAGAUGCCUCCGCGGAUGCAGGACCAUCGCGACCAGCGGCGGCGCAGAAGCGCAAGUACGAGGUGAACGUCGCGGACCGCGAGUUCUGCAAGAAGCUGCGUGAGCAGGAGGUCGAGCUCCGCGACCGCAACACUGUGCUUCGAGUGUCUGCUUCUGGCAAGGUCAACUUUGUUAAGGGAACAAUGAACGAGAAGAUUCGUGCUUUCCGGAAGUCUUUCGAGUCGGGUGGACGCGGUCAGGCUGCUGCACCGGCAGCUCACGACUUGAACCGUCCUCGCAAGCAGAAGGCGUCGACACCGAUCAUCAUUAUUUCCUCGUCGCCGACGUCACUGAUCACUAUGUGGAAUGUGAAGAAAUUCGAACCUUCGGAUGUUGCUCGACAAGCGCAGGCGCAGCAAGGAAACCUGCGCGCGGAGGACCUUGUCCCGGUUCUGAGAAAACGUCAUGGUCCUCAUGGCGAGAUCACCACAAAGGAUCGAGUUGUCUGCGUCGUUACGACGGGCCAGGCGUGGCAGUUCAAGCCGUACAAGUGGAUGGACCCGAAGGUGCUUUUCCGUCACGUCAAGGGUGUCUACUUCCAGUGGAACAAUGAGCCGGUGGCGCCUGCCAUUCGUGACUGGAACGUGACCGAGAUGAAGGUCGUUGCCGAGUUCUGGCGCGCCAUCGACAGCCGCAGACGAUAG